AGCGCGUUUCUAACCAUUAAGUUAACGUCAGCAAUCAAUUCUCUACUUCUCUACCUGUCUAUAAUAACCCUAUACCUAACCUCUUAUUGCUUGUUCAACGUCGUCUUCGCCAUGAGCUUAGAGAGAAUGUGAUUAUGGAUUUACUUGAACCUGUACCGCCCUAGUAACUCGUUUUGAUUUUCUCAACUUUUAUUCCUCCAUGCAGAAGCUCGGCUCGACGACAUGCAUAUUCACUCUUUGUAUCCAUAUAUGUAGGGCUUCGUGAGCGCGGUUUAACAUGGAAAGCGACUUUGGACACUCCACAGCCUCUGUGGUACAUGAGGAUGGCGUUGCUAUGGACGGAGCACAGGGGCCAUCCCCCCAACAUUCAGACUACAAUGUACAAGACGAAUGGAACUUGGGUAAUUCAUAUAUGAAUGGAGUCUCUACAUCUAGUUCCGGGAAUAUUCAAGAACAAGAGACAAAUAUAUCCCCAGAUAUGUCUCGACUGCACCCUAUUAUGGUAGUGCUUCAUCCACCACCGGAUCCCACGAUAUAUGAACGAAUAUAUCCCAGUCAGACUGUGGAGAGGAUUCUAGACGAGGUGGAAGACGAGGAUGGAGACAUAUAUUACAGUGUUGAGUUUGAGGAUGGGUAUAUUGAAGAUUCUCGACGGCUUCAACACCAACGCCCCUAGAGACGCAGCUUGCUACUUCCUAUUCCUAUUUGUUUGCCUGCCCUUGAUCAUAUCUAGACUCUUAAUGCAACUGCCUUAGACCCUGGCAACCCCCCAAGUUACUUUCCCACAUUCUUUUUAUGCGAAACCUAGGCAGUCUUUCCCUGUGCUAUUUCCUUACAAUAGUUCACAUCCUAGGUUCUCAUUCCAUCAUCCCCAAUACCAUCUUUACAUCUUUUUUUU